UACGAAAUUUUUAAAUAAUAUACAUAUUAUAUUAUAUAACUAUGUCUCUGUCGCGAUCGUUACAGUUGUUUAGAGCUUCUCAAAAAUACAAAUGUAAUCCUGCGUUUAUGUUACGUCUGAAAGAAUGCUAUUCGUCAAACGCAGAGUCGUUCCUAUGCGGAGCGAACGCAAACUUCUUGGAGGCCCAGUAUUUAGAUUGGUCGAAAUCUAAAGGAUCGAUCGAUUCGUCCUGGGAUGGAUUUUACGACAGCGUUUGCGGGCCUGCUCUGAAGAUUGAUGAGGUGCAAGAUGAGUUCAGUCCUUCAACUGUCCAACCGCAAACCGGCGGCCAGAAGGGUCAGCAAUCCGAGGAUGAACUUCGCGAGACGAUAAGACUAAACUUGGCUGUGAUGAGCCUUAUUCGAAGUUAUCAGGCUAGAGGGCACUUCCUCGCGAAGACAGAUCCGUUGAACCUGACGUUGCCAGCCAGACUCAUUGCCCAGACUAAGCACUUGCCGUUGGACACGCAGGGAAUCGAGACCGUGGUCGUGGCUCGAGAGCUGACGAGUGCAUUGAAGGAGAAACACAUGGACAGGGUAUUCGAAUUACCACUUAGAACGUAUAUUGGAGGAAAAGAAACUCGAUUGCCUCUCAGGGAAAUCAUUAAACGUUUGGAGAAUGUUUACUGCCAGUCCAUCGGCAUGGAAUACAUGCACUUGAACGAUGUGGACGAAGUGCACUUCCUGCGCGAGCGUAUGGAGACGCCCGGCGCGCUCGACAAGUCCAACGAAGAGAAACGACUCAUCAUGAGACGGCUUACUAAGGCUGUUUUCUUGGAAAAGUAUUUCGCGACCAAGUGGCCGUCCGAGAAGAGGUUUGGACUUGAGGGCGGUGAGAGCAUGAUCGUGAUGUUAGAGGAGAUCGUGGACACCAGCACCAAGCUCGGGAUCCAGUCCAUUGUGAUGGCUAUGCAGCAUCGAGGUCGUCUGAAUAUGUUGGUGAAUGUAUGUCGCAAGCAGCUGACCGAUGUGUUUGCUCAGUUCAAGCCCAUGGAGCCUAAAGAACCGGGUUCCGGAGACGUGAAGUACCAUUUGGGCACGUACAUCCACCGGUUCAUCCGGCGCACCAACAAGUACAUCAAGGUGUCGAUGAGCUGCAACCCCUCCCACUUGGAGACGGUCACGCCCGUCGUGGUGGGCAAGGCCAAGGCUGAGCAGUUCUGGAAGGGCGACAACAAUGGAGACCAGGUAAUGGCUAUUAUAAUGCACGGCGACGCGGCGAUGUGCGGGCAGGGCGUGGUGUACGAGACGUUCACGCUGAGCGCGCUGCCCAACUUCACGACUCACGGCGCCAUACACAUCGUGUGCAACAACCAGAUCGGGUACACCACCGACCCGCGCUUCUCCAGGAGCUCGCCCUACUGCUCCGACAUCGCGAAGAUGAUCGACGCGCCGGUGCUGCACGUGAACGGCGACGACCCCGAGGCGGUGGCGCACGUGGCGCGCCUCGCCAUCGAGUACCGCUGCAAGUUCAAGAAGGACAUCGUGCUCGACUACGUCUGCUACCGCCGCUUCGGACACAGCGAGGAGGACGAGCCCAUGUACACGCAGCCCUUCAUGUACAAGAUCAUCAAGGGAUUGAAGACCAUUGAUGUCAUAUACGGCGCAAAGUUGAAAGCGCAAGGCAUAGCCACUGAUGCAGAUAUCAAGGGCUGGGAGAAGGAGUACAUGGACACGAUGAACACGCACUUCGAUGCUUCCAAGAAGAUCACCAAGCUGAGCAUCAUGGACUGGGUCGACACGCCCUGGACCGGUUUCUUCGAAGCCACUGAUCCUAAAAAGAUAAAAGAGACUGGUAUUAGUCAGGCGGCAAUAAAUACAAUAGCUGGUCACUUCUGUAAGCCGCCAGAACCUUGGGCCUUCGAACUCCAUCCGGGUGUCGCUAGGAUAUUGGCCAACCGAGAGAAAAUGGUCGCAGAGGGUAUAGCGGACUGGGCGAUGGGUGAAACACUGGCUUACGGCUCGCUGCUCAGAGACCAGAUCCACAUCCGCUUCACCGGCGAGGACGUCGAGCGAGGCACGCUCGCACACAGGCAUCACGUGUACCACCACCAGAGCGUGGACGGCGCCACUUACCGCGUCCUCGACUUCCUGUAUCCCGACCAGGCGAAGUACUCGCUCCAUAACAGCUCUCUGUCUGAGUUUGGUAUUUUGGGUUACGAGUGCGGCUACUCGUACUCCAGCCCGCACCUGCUGUCCAUCUGGGAGGCGCAGUUCGGGGACUUCGCGGACACGGCGCAGCCCGUCUUCGAUACUUUCAUCGCCAACGGCGAGAGCAAGUGGAUCUGCCAGUCCGGCAUUGUCGUCCAACUUCCGCACGGCAUCGACGGCGCGGGGCCGGAACAUUCGUCAGGACGCAUUGAACGGUACUUGCAGCAAUGUGACGACGAUGAAUCAUACAUCCCCGAUCUGGAUGAUAAGGACAUGGCACUGAAACAACUGCGUGCCUGUAACUGGAUCGUUGUUCACCCGACUGUGCCUGCGAACUACUUCCACAUGAUCCGUCGGCAAAUCGCCAUGCCCUUCAGGAAGCCACUGAUCGCGAUGACUCCGAAACUUGGACUCAAGCAUCCCUACUACCGGUCUAAAUUCUCUGACUUCCUUAUUGGAACUGAAUUUAGAAGAGUAAUCCCUGAAGAUGGACCAGCUAGCAAGAAGCCAGAGAAUGUUAAAAAGUUAAUUUUCUGUGCGGGUAGCGUUGCGAUUAAGAUAAAUGACGUAAGGAAAGAGAAGAAACUUGAGGAAAAGAUUGCUAUUUGCCGUAUUGAACAGUUGUAUCCGUUCCCGUACGACUUAGUGCUCAAAGAGUUCUGUAAAUACGAGAAAGCUAAAAAGGCGUGGUGUCAGGAGGAGCACAGGAACCAAGGCGCUUGGUUAUUCUGCAAAGUACGAAUGGAGAAUCUGUUCGAAGAGAAAAUAGAAUGUAUCGCAAGACCUUCAAGUGCGGCAUCAGCGACUGGGAUCAAAUGGAUUCAUGCAAAAGAAUUUAAGGAACUUAAAGAUAAAAUUGUCGCUGGUUGCUAAUUCGGUUAAAAUGUCCGAAAAUAAAAAUUGUUGUAGUAGUUUUCAAAUAAUUCUUAUCAUUUCCAUCUGGCGAACAACCUACAUUUGUCACUUGAAUGGGAUUAUGUGCAUGCUAGGAAUCAGUGGCACUAAGUUUAAGUGGCUCGUAGAGACAAAAAACUUCCGACACACCAAACCGAACCACAUUAACAUUCAUUGUUUUGUAGAGCAACGUAAUAGAAAUGAGUAUUUAGAAUUCGAUGAUACGUUCUGUCCUCCUUUUAUACUUAUAUUUAGUUUGUUCACUUUGGCUAUAACUUUUUGAAUAUUGUGUUUAUAGAACAAUAUUUAAAGUAUAUACAAGUCGAGGUGAAUGCAGUCGGAAGUGAGGGUAGAACACUGGAUUCUUGUAGUAAUCACGUUCGAUCAAUAUUGUCUUGUUUACAUGUUAUUUAUCGUACGUUAACUAUCAAAGGAACUAUUUUUAUUACAGGGACAUAAUGUUGCCUAAAAAUAAGCAAUGGUAUGCUUAAAUGUUAGUUUUUGGUGUGGAAGUUGUAAAUAAAUUGUCUAAAGAACUUUUUUGACGUAAAUAUAAUUUUAAAUACGAA